GAUUCAAUUUUCAGAUUUUAUUCGUCAGAAUUGAUGACAUCAAUCAAAUUCUUGGUUCAAGAUUGCUCUUUUCAGUGAGAAUGUUUAGCUGGAUGAACAAGACAAAAGAGGUUCACCAUGAAUGUUUCGAUACGGUCGUCGAGGGACUCAAAAGCAUCUACAAGUACAAGAUGUUCCCGUUGGAACAGCAUUACCUAUUCCACGAAUUCCAUUCUCCGCCUCUGAACGACGCUGAUUUUGACGCUAAGCCACUUAUUCUUCUAGUGGGACAGUACUCGACAGGAAAAACCACUUUCAUAAAAUACCUGCUGGAGAGGGAUUUCCCAGGUAUGAGGAUAGGCCCUGAACCCACAACGGACCGCUUCAUAGCAGUCAUGUAUGGUGAAAAGGAAGGUGUGAUACCGGGGAAUGCAUUGGUGAUGGACCCUAAGAAGCAAUUCAAACCGCUCUCAACUUUUGGAAACGCUUUUUUGAACAGAUUUCAAUGCUCUAUGGUCAAGAGUCCGGUGCUGAAGGGAAUAUCUGUGAUUGAUACUCCGGGAAUACUAGCAGGUAUUUGUGAAAAGCAAAGAAUCGACCGAGGCUAUGACUUCAUCGGUGUUCUUCAAUGGUUUGCUGAGAGAGUGGACAGAAUCAUUUUACUCUUUGAUGCACAUAAACUGGAUAUUUCCGAUGAAUUUAAGAGGUCCAUAGAAGCUCUCAGAGGACACGACGAUAAAAUAAAAAUAGUUUUGAACAAAGCUGACAUGAUAAACCCCCAGCAAUUGAUGAGAGUGUAUGGAGCACUGAUGUGGUCUCUGGGAAAGGUAUUCCAAACCCCUGAAGUGGUAAGGGUUUACAUUGGAAGCUUUUGGGAUCAGCCUUUGAGAUUUGACAGCAACAAACAACUAUUCGAAGAUGAAACCCAAGAUCUGUUCAAGGACCUUCAAUGUCUGCCAAGAAAUUCAGCGUUGAGGAAACUCAACGAUUUGAUAAAGAGGGCAAGGCUUGCCAAAGUACACGCCUACAUCAUUUCGGAACUGAAGAAGGAGAUGCCCAACAUCUUUGGUAAAGAGAAUAAAAAGAGAGACCUGAUCAAGAACCUACCACAUCUCUAUAGGAAGAUCCAACAGCAGUAUUCGGUGUCUCAGGGAGAUUUUCCAGAUGUGAAAAAAAUGCAAGAGCACUUGAGCAAGUAUGAUUUCAAUAAGUUCCAUAGUAUAAAACCAAGGAUGUUAGAAGAAAUUGAUUCAAUGUUGGGCAGUGAUAUUGCCCAAUUGAUGGCAAUGGUGCCCAAUGAGUACUGUGGUGACUCUGAUAUUGAUAUCAGAGGAGGUAUAUUUGAGAAUGUUGGAGACAAUUUGUCACCAUUUGGUUACAGAAGAGGAGAAGGUAUCAUGGCAGAUAUUGGAGGUUAUGGAGAAGUGGAUUGGAUUGUUAACAAAGACAGAUCGUCGUACGAUAACAUCUUCGAUCGAUUGUCGAAUAAUAACCCGAAACUUUCUGGAUCUAUGGCGAAGGAAGAGCUGCUUAAAUCGAAAUUGCCGAAUACAGUUUUAGGAAAGAUAUGGAGGCUUGCAGAUAUCGAUCAGGAUGGAUUUUUGGAUAGGGAUGAGUUUGCUUUAGCGAUGUAUUUGGUGAAUGUAAAGCUUGACGGUGGGGAUAUACCAAGAGAUUUGCCUGAUCAUCUGGUACCACCUUUCAAGAAGAAUUCAAGUUAUCCACAUGACUGAAAUAGAUACAUAAAAUAUUUUUUGGAAUAAAUGUUUGUUCUCCUGUGAAAA